AUGGCUAAACGGAACCUACCUUUAUGGAUGAAAGAUGCUGAGCUGUCUCCCGUAGCUAAUGCGAGCAAGCGGCCACGUAUCCUCCGAGACGCAACGCCAAAUGAAACCGUCGGAAAAGAAUCGGAAGUUCAACCGGUGAAGCUAGUGCAGCAGGAUCAACAGGAAUCUCAAUCAACACCUACCACGGAAGACGAGAACACUCCCCGACGCAGGUUGCGCAGCAACUAUAAGAUCCCUGACGAUGAUGGUUAUCCGAAGCGCGAGCCUGUAGUGAAAAUCAACAUUGACGACGUUCCGUUCAUCGACUACAAGGGAACAAUUCGGUACUACACGGAUUGGCGGGAUGUUGCGUGCGCUUGCGACGAGCUGCUGCAGUGGGUCGAAAAGCAACCGCUCACGCCGGUUCCGAUUGCGUUCGAUCUGGAGUGGCCAUUCAGCUUUCAAACCGGUCCCGGACCGACGGCACUGAUGCAGUUGUGUGCCGACUUGCAGUGCUGCUAUCUGUUCCAGCUGUCCUGUCUCAAGAGGCUACCGGUAGCGUUGCUGCAGCUGCUGCACCAUCCGAAGGUUCGACUGCACGGUGUCAAUGUGAAGAAUGAUUUCCGUAAGUUGGCGCGGGAUUUUCCGGAAGCGGACGCCGAAACGAUGAUAGGUCAGUGUGCCGAUUUGGGUCAGUGGUACAAUCGGAUUCACGGCUCGACCGGUGUGUGGAGUAUGGAGCGGUUGGUGCUGCAGGUUUGUCAGCUGCGGAUCAACAAGAGCAAGCACGUGCGGAUGAGCAAGUGGCACGUGCUGCCGCUGAACGACGACCAGAAGAUGUAUGCCGCUGUAGAUGCCUAUAUCGGUCAGGAAAUCUAUUUCAAGCUAAAAGAAAAGGAACUUAAAUUGGAGCAGGAACGGCAGGAACUGGACCUGGCUUUGCUGGCACCAGCAAAUCAACAGUAACAAAAGCAGCAAUUCUCGUACUUUAAUCAUCACCUAUAGUUAAGUUAAUCAAAACCGUCUCCUCAACGAUCCUAAAUAACCCCGGCGGACCGCUUCGUAACGUACUGAUCCUCACCGAACACGACCCAGUUUACACAGUAGGAAUUCGAACCAAAGAUUACGGCG